CGCGAGAUUUCGGUCAAUGACGUCACAGUGUUGCUAUCAAACAACUGUGGAAAUGAUGAACAGGUGAAAUAGAGUAUUAUCAAUAAUUAUGGCAUCAGUGAUCAAAACGAGUGCAGGUGAGAGGGUCGAUUUUGAUUUUUUCGAUACACCUAGAAACAAACUUGACGAAUCUUUGGAAUCGUUAAACGAGGACAACAGAAUUUUCGAAGUGCCUCCGGAUGAAAAGGGCAGUGAAAAACAUGGCGACGUAAGCUUCAGGGCCAAAGAAAAGAAAUAUUCUAGUUCAGAAUCGAGUGGCAGUGAGGUUGACAGUGAUAUAGAGUCUGAAUCAGAUAUAUCAUACAGCUCUGGUGGUUCUACAUCACGAGUACAGACUAAAAACAAGGGAAAGAAGAGUAUACGAAAGGCAGAUUCAGAUAGUUACUCGAGCGAUUCUAGUGCUUAUUCAGAUGAAUCUUCUGGUGAGGAAAGCAGAAUCAUUGAGGAGGAACGAAAGAAAUCUCAGAAGAAAGGGUCAAGAUAUAACCGACCUGAUGACAAAUCUAAAGAAGCAUGGGGACAUGGGAUUGAGAGGAUAAAUAUAACAAAGAAAACACCAUCUUCUGAAGAUCUAUCAAAUCAAAGGAAAGAUAGGAAGUCAGCUAGUGGUAAGUCAGGUUCAGACAGUGAAAUGACUGAUGUUUCUCCACUGCCAUCACCAAGAGAUUUAGACAAUGGACAUGUGCAAUAUUCUAAUCAAGUUAAUCAUGACUCUGGUGAGGUUCAACUUCAGAGCAAACAGCUUGACUUAAGCAUAUUAAUGGAAGCUGUGUCAGAAAUUGAUAAACAGCAACGAAUAAAGAGUAAUAGAAGGGUCAUGUUUGAGCCCCCUAAACCUCAGAGUGCUGAAAAGUCUAACUUCACUUUUGAUACUCAGAGAGUAAAGUUUAUUGAGAAAGAAAACCAAAGACUUUUGAAAGAAAUUAUGAGGCAUAUAGGACCAAAUCAAGGAAAGAAGAAAGGGCCACGUGAUCAUACACUAAGUGUGCAGCGCAUAACUCCUUCAGCAAUUAACAGACAAAGGGAACAGAGAAGAAUAGAAAUGGAAAACAUGCAAUUCUUGCAAAGACUGCAACACACAGGCCCAACCAAAGGCUUAUCACGAAAGGAACAGCUCAAAGAUUACAAGCACACAUUGCUUCAUGGAGUUCCAAUAGCAGCCAUGCACAGCUCACCUGUCUCAAACCAAACCUUUGUGGGUGGAAAUACAGCCCUUGGCUCUACCAUGGGAAGCACAGGUCAAAGGUCAAGGCCAAGUAGUGCUAAAUCUAAUGCAAGCACAAUUAGAUCUCGCCCUGGGAGUGCAAAAUCCAUAGCCAGUAGUAUUGUCAGUCGCCCAUGCAGUGCAAAAUCCACUUCAAGAUCUAUCCAUAAUCGCCCUGCCUGGAAUGACCGUUUUGCUUACUCUUAGGAUUUGAAUACAAAUGUAAUACUGUGAGAUGUUGAACUGCAUAUCUUUUUUCCUCUUGUAAUGGAAAUUUUUCUGAUAAGUUUUUGGUUUACAUAGAGAGGUGUGGAAUAUAAGGAACACCAGAAUGCUCAGAGAGUUUUUUUUUUAUGUACAAGGUACAGCUCAAUUGUUAUUAUUAAUAAGAUGAUCUUAUGAAGAAGAUUCUGCAUUCACAUAUUGUAAUAUGAUAUGUAAUCUUGCCCUGCAAGUACAAAAUUCACAGCCAGUAGUGUGCAAAAUCUACUCCAAGGUGUCCAGCCUGAAAAUGACCUCUUUCCUCAUUCUUGAGAUAAAAAAAAAUUAAUUUAUCUUUCAUAUGUUGAACUACAUUUGAAAAGUUUCAUCUUCAUGAAUGAAACAUGAUCUUCUUUGAUGAGGUUUUUGUUUAUACAGAGAGGUGGGAAAAUAUAAAAUGCUCAGAAUUUUUUUAUGAAUGUACAAGGUUCAUAAUGCAGCUCGGUUGUUAUCAAAUUGAUAAUUAUUGGAAAGACGGUUUUGCAUUUACUGAAUAUGACAUGGUUUAUUAAUGUCCUCGGAUGUCUCAAGUAUUAUUUUUGAUGUUUAAAGAGGUGAAGAACCCUCAAUGCAAUGAACAUUUGCUGUCACCAUAAUUUUCAUCAUAAGAAUGAAUUACAUUUUUCCUGUUUUGAAAAGUUCCAGAAUUUGUUGUUUUUUGACAUUGAUUUUCAAUUCAUCGUGGUCAAAUUUUAUAAAAAGCAUUUAUGUAGUUAAUAGCUUAGUUUGGUGCAAGUUGACAUCUGAGGAAUUAUUACUUGUGUGUAUAUGUCAUUUUUUUUUUAAAUUUCAUUUAGGAAAUUUUGCAAAGAAUUCUAUUGUGUAGAGCAGCUUCAGAAGAUUGAUGAUCACUACAAUGUUUGUAUUUUAAAUUAAUCAAGUGCUUAAUGUAAGUAAUGGACUGAGAAAAAUUGGGAGUUUUUAUGUAGACUGUAAAACUGUUUACAGAAUUUGGAUAUUGUUAACUCAUUGUAAUGUAGGAUGAUGAAUCCAUGUUGUAUGUCUUUCAUUUUAUAGGGCUGUCAUUGAUAGAUUUGAUGUAGAGAUGUUAUCUAGUAUUAUAAAAUGCUUUGAUACAUUAUACCUUUAUUGGGAAUGGAAACAUUACAGAUAUUUAAUACAUGUAAUUCAACUGAUAAUUAGCUGUAGGUUUAUAAAAUAUGGAGUAAAUAAUGUAAAACAUGCACUCAUUUGCAUAUUAUAUGGUUGUUAUAUUAUGUUCCAUUUAGCUAAAAGCUGUAUGGAGUGAUGUUUGAAACUAAUUUGUACUUAAAUACCUUGUAAUGGAAAAUUAUACAUAUAAGUCUGCUUAAUUUCAGUACAUAUUAUUUGAAUUUAUGAAUACUUUUGCUGUAGAAGUUUUGUUAAUUGAUAUAUUAAUGUUGAAAUUCUGUCAGUGAUAGCCCUAUUUUUAUUUUAUACAUUUUGUACAUGUCACACACUGUUUGCUCAGAUUUUUAUAAAUAUAUGGUUGUCAGAAUCAUGUUUUGUGAUGAUGGUGUAGUUUACCAGGGUAAGGGACUUAACUCUGUAAAUAUUUCUGUGAGUAGAGACAGCUUACAUAGAGAAAUAAAAAAAAUCAUUGAAUUAUUCAUCAUUUGUGAAUAGUAAACCAUAGCAAAGGAUU